AACUUAUGGAAUGGAACAUCUACCGAAUUCCUAGUGUUUCCCGGUAACAAGUGCAUUAUACUUGCACGUAUAAUAUAAUCCAUCUAUCUAAGAUAUGAUAAAGCAUAGAAAAGAAGCCAAAUGAAGCUUGCUUGUCUGAUUUCUGGUUACAAUAAUCCUGUCUCCAUAAAGGAUAACGUGAAACGGGAAGAGAAGCAUGUCAAUCUCAUUCCUACAAAGACAAAACAACAAGUCAAGUUUUUUAACAACUUGGCUCCUCCUCUUGCUGCUGCCUUUCUGCUCUUUUCUCCAAUUUGCGCCACUCCAGUUUCAAUUGCCCAAACAAUAGAUAUCCAAAGAGGAGCAACAUUGUUCAGCCAAACAUGUAUUGGAUGUCACGAUGCAGGUGGAAACAUUAUACAGCCAGGGUCAACUCUAUUCACAAAGGAUUUACAAAGAAAUGGAGUUGAUACAGAAGAAGAAAUCUACCGUGUCACGUACUAUGGCAAAGGAAGAAUGCCGGGGUUUGGUAAAGAGUGCAUGCCACGAGGGCAGUGCACAUUUGGAGCUCGUUUGGAAGAUGAAGAUAUCAAGAUAUUGGCUGAGUUUGUCAAGUUACAGGCUGAUAAAGGGUGGCCAAGCAUAGAAACCGAACAAAAAUGAUUUAGCAACUAACUUCUCUCUUCCAUCUUUUCAUUAUGGUUUGGUACAAAAUCAUUGACUUAAUUGCUGUAGUUAUAUUAGAUUAUAUUUUGUAUAUGUUUUGGGUUGAGAUAAUGGAAUUAUCCAAUAACUCUUCUGGACCGCAAUUAAUUAUAUAAAUGAUCUCAUUCAUGACCAGUGUUGGUCAUAUUAGCAGAUCCAUGAAUAUUCUCAUA